CAAUAUCAGCCUAGCACGAAUCAAACCUUGAAACUCUUCCUCCGCGUUCGGGUUCCACGUGCUAUUGUUUUUUUGACGCGACCCUGGGACAACACGGUAUUUAAGGAUAUAAAGUCUUCACUCCGCCAGGACCCUGUAUUUGCUCUGACCAUGUCGACUGACACCUCGACCACGUAUGGUGCGGUGGCCAUCGGCGCGCUCUCCGCCUCUUUACUAUCUGGCGCGGUGGCCAUCCAAACGAUCCUCUAUUACAAGCUCUAUCCCUCCGAUUCCGUCAGAGUCAAAAUACUCGUCUUCGCCGUAUGGCUGCUCGAUACCAGCCAUACAGGCUUCGUCUGGACAUCGCUAUGGUACAUGGUCAUCGGCCACUACGGUAAUAUCAACGUCAUACCUUGGAGCAUCGCGGUGACCAUCGUGAUUACGGCCGUCCUGACGUUUCUAGUCCACUGUUUCUUUGCAUAUAGGAUAUUCAUGCUUAGCAAACGAAAUUGGUUUCUUAUAUGUCCUAUAAUGAUCCUGGCGGCAUUCCGUCUCGCUUCUGCUUGCGUUACGACAUCAGAAAUGAUACGUCUAAAAACGUACUCUACAUUCAAAGAAGACUUUCGAUGGGUGUUCACACUAGGCCUCGCCCUAUCCUCCACAGUAGACAUCCUGAUCACCGGAUCCCUCUUCGGUCUCCUGCACACAAGCCGCUCAGAAGCUGAGAACCUUAACGCCGUCAUAGAUUCCCUAAUAUUAUACACCUUCGAAACAGGAUCUCUUACAUGCGCGGCAACUAUCAUCGACAUGAUAUGCGUGAGUCCUCCCUCCCUCCCCUCCCUCUCCACAUCCCGCGCCGCCCAUCCUGAUAUCAUCGACUCACGACAGUGGCUCACGAUGUCGUCGAACCUCAUUUUCAUGGGUGUGCAUUUCGUCAUCGGUAAACUAUAUGCCAACUCGCUAUUAGUAACGCUGAAUACACGCCGUGGUCUGCGGAGAGGACAGACGUCUUCGUUUGGUCGGACGGGAAGUGCGAUACUCCUCGAUAGUCGUCGACCUCGUGUGGCAGACCUGAACGUCGCUAAACGCGCAGAGCUUCAGAUUAGCGUGGAGCGUAGCGUGCACUACUCGACGGACUGUAACGUCAAGCUGGGACCGAGGUACAUGACGAGUCAGGAGAGUAUCAGUAUGGAGGGUGUAAGGUAACUUUGUGAUGUAGACGUCUUCUCUGCGUGUUCCG